ACAUCUGAUUUUCUCUAACACAGGCUGAAAAAAUAUUUUUAUGUGACUUAAAACAUUUUUUAAAUGUUAUUGGCAACCAUUUCACUCACACACCCUCUGUGGACCAGGAACAGGCAGUUUAUAACUUCUGCAGAUUAUCACCUGAGUAUUCAGAAAUAAUUGGAAUUGAAAGAGUGAAAAUUCUUGGAAACUGAUGGUUAGGUAAGGAUUUAAGAAGACAGUGGGAUUUAAGCUGAGUCAGUUGAGAGGAGUGUCUUAGAAGGGGUAGGAUAUAACAGGUGAGUAAAAUCUGAGUUGAGAAAGUAAGCAGAGAUAAUGAGUCAGCUCUCUUUAGAAGAGGCAUGGGAAGGGAGUUGUAAAUCACACGGAGCCAAAAGACAUCAACUACAGACAAAAUGAAUAUUCCUCUGCUGGUACCACAUCCUCACCAUCAUUUCCUAAAAGGCCUUUUGAGAACACCUUUCCGAAGUUACCACUUCAUCUUUCACUCAAGUACUCAUCUCAGAUCAGGAAGCCCUUGUGCUUGGUCAUUUGAUUCUCUUAGACUCCGUUGUACAAAGUGGAUGCUGCUGUCAGAUGGUUUAAAGAGAAAAUUAUGUGUACAGACAACCUUAAAGGAACAUACCGAAAGACUUUCUGAUAAAGAACAAAGAUUUGUGGAUAAACUUUAUAUUGGUUUAAUCCAAGGGCAAAGGGCCCGCUUAGCAGAGGCCAUCACUCUUAUAGAAUCAACUCACAGUAGGAAAAAAGAGUUAGCCCAGGUGCUUCUGCAGAAAGUCCUAGUCUACCACAGAGAGCAAGAACAGUUAAAUAAAGGGCAGCCACGAGCAUUUCGAGUGGGAUUGUCUGGGCCUCCUGGUGCUGGAAAAUCAACCUUUAUAGAAUAUUUUGGAAAAAUGCUUACUGAGAGAGGGCACAAAUUAUCUGUGCUAGCUGUGGACCCUUCUUCUUGUACUAGUGGUGGAUCACUGUUGGGUGAUAAAACCCGAAUGACUGAGUUAUCAAGAGAUAUGAAUGCAUACAUCAGGCCAUCUCCUACUAGAGGUACCUUAGGAGGUGUGACAAGGACUACAAAUGAAGCUAUUCUGUUGUGUGAAGGAGGGGGAUAUGACAUUAUUCUUAUUGAAACUGUAGGUGUGGGUCAGUCGGAGUUUGCUGUUGCUGAUAUGGUUGACAUGUUUGUUUUACUGCUGCCACCCGCAGGAGGAGAUGAAUUGCAGGGUAUCAAAAGAGGUAUAAUUGAAAUGGCCGAUCUGGUAGCUAUAACUAAAUCUGAUGGAGACUUGAUUGUGCCAGCUCGGAGAAUACAAGCAGAGUAUGUCAGCGCACUGAAACUACUCCGCAGGCGUUCAAAAGUCUGGAAACCAAAGGUAGUUCGUAUUUCUUCCAGAAGUGGAGAGGGGAUCUCUGAAAUGUGGGAUAAAAUGAAGGAAUUUCGGGACUUAAUGCUUGCCAGUGGGGAGCUGACUGCCAGACGACAGAAGCAGCAGAAAGUCUGGAUGUGGAAUCUCAUUCAGGAAAGUGUGCUAGAACAUUUCAGGACCCAUCCCACAGUCCGGGGACAGAUUCCUCUCCUGGAAGGAAAGGUUCUCAGUGGGGCCCUGUCCCCAGGACUAGCAGCAGACUUGUUGUUGAAAGCUUUUAAAGCAGAGACUAAUGACAUUUAUCCUAUACAAUAAUUUUACGUAAUUUUUCAUGAACUAUUUUAAUAUUAAAAGUCACUUGUGUGCUUAUAUUUUCAGUAAUUCUUUUGUGAUGCCCUUGGCCUCGUUUGUGAAUCAUGCUUGAAAACUCCGAAAUGUUAGAUAUGGAUGGCAAAGGCCAGGCAGUCAGGCAGUAUUUAUAAGGUACCUGUAGUAUAUUACUGAUUUUUGUUUCUUUCUAUUCUUAUACCCUGGCACGAUGGCCUGUAGGAUAGUUCUCACCAGUCAAGAGCAGAGAAAGCUGAAGACAGUGAAAUAUUUUAAGUAUACCUUAAAAUGCUUUCUUUGGUUUUAUAGUCUCUGGGAGUUUGAGAGAAAAUGUAAGCAGGUGUCACUACAUUUUUGAAGUCUUCCUUGAGACCAAAAUAAUGCACAGUGAGUUUCUAAGAGCUGAAAAUCAUGAUUGACACUUAGCAUACCAGACUAUUCCAGGAAUUUCUGAAAUGGUCAUGUACAUGUAUAACAAAACAGUUGGAAUGUGUAGUGAUAACUUUAAAAUCCACUUGUCUAGACUGGCGGACCCCCUCCCCCAUGAUAGGUGGGAGAGCCCAGAGGGGACUGGAGAAAUCAACUGCAAGUAAUGUGGUCCACUAAUCCCCAAGAGUGGGAGCAAACCCCCAAAGGACCCAAGUGAGGUCAAACGAUUCAGGGGUGAUUUAGUGUGACUGUCAUCAAAGGUUUUGCUUCUCUUCCUCCGUCGCCAUUUGCCUUCAUAUUAACAUCUUAAAAAUCUACUUGAUUCUUGAUAGCAAGGAGCAAGUCUUGUCCUCUGGAGUAAGCAUGGCACAGUGAUGGAGAGCAUGGGUUCUGGAUUCCGACAGUGUGAGCUUUAACUUUAAGCCCAGAUCAAUUGCUUACUAGCUAUGUAAGUUUGGACAAGUAACCUACCUCUCUAAGCUUCAGUUUUCUCCCUGGUACAAAGGAAUUGACAUAUAACUUUAUAGGGUGGGUGAGGAUUAAAUGAGAUAACUCGGGAAAUUUUUGCAUCGGGGUGAUACGCAGGAAGUACUCAAAGGCUGCUUGCUGUUAUUAUUAUGUGAAAGUUAUGGAUACUUGAGGCUGUACAAAGCUUGUAUGAGAGUUCAGUUUUCUCCCAUUAUCUUAUUACUGCCACCAUGCUCUUAUGAUAUUUUAUGAUUGUCUUUAAACCACCUGCUCUAAUUAAUUUUUUGAAUAUAUUUUAUACUAUUCGAUGAUAGUUAUAAUUAUGUACAUUUGAAUAAACUUAUUUCUAACCAUGAAA